AUGUCAAAUAAUUCUAUUCGUGAAGCAUCACAUGCUGGAAGUUGGUAUGAAUCUGACGGAAAUUAUCUUGAUCAACAAUUAGCAACAUGGCUUCAAGAAGCAAAUAAUAGUACCAAUGGACAAUUAAAAGCACGAGCAAUUAUUGCACCACAUGCUGGAUAUAGUUAUAGUGGACCAACAGCAGCAUAUGCAUAUAAAUAUAUUGAUCCAACGGAUAUUGAUCGUGUUUUUCUUCUUGGCCCGUCACAUCAUUAUAGUUUAACGACUUGUGCAUUAACAAAUCAUACAUUAUAUCAAACACCAUUAUAUAAUAUUCAAAUUGAUACACAAAUAUCAAGUGAACUUCAUAAAACAGGUCUUUUCUCACUUAUGAAUAAACAACAAGAUUCCGAUGAACAUUCAUUAGAAAUGCAUUUACCAUAUAUAGCAAAAAUUUUUGAAAAAAAACGCAAAGAUUUUAAAUUAAUUCCAAUUCUUGUUGGUUCACUUGAUUCAUCGAAAUUAGAAAAAUAUGGACAAUUAUUAGCGCCUUAUUUAUGUAAUCCAAGAAAUUUAUUUGUUAUUUCAUCAGAUUUUUGCCAUUGGGGUCGAAGAUUUUCUUAUAAUCCACAUGAUCCUGCCGAUGGUGAAAUUUGGCAAUUUAUUGAAAAAUUAGAUCAUAAAGGAAUGGAAUUAAUUGAAAAGAUGAGUUUACCAGAUUUUCAUAAUUAUCUUCGUUCAACUGAUAAUACAAUUUGUGGUCGAUAUCCGAUUAGUCUUUUACUUGCUACAAUUGAUCAAGCUAAAAAAGUUAUUCCGUCAAAUCAAUUGCCAAAAUUUCAUAUGCAAUUUGUCAAAUAUGCUCAAUCAAGUCAAGUGAAAAAAUCUAAUGAUUCCAGUGUGAGUUAUGCAUCUGCUGUUCUAACGGUUGUUGGAUAA